AUGCAACUCGACCCCUUAAUAACCGAACUCCAACGCACCAACACCGCAAAAUUCCAUUUCACCCAAGGCAGCAUCCUCACGCACCCACCCCCCGAAUUCACCAGCUACUUCGGCCCACCCCCCAACUACCGCUUCAUUCAAGUCCGCUCCGACUUCAUGAGCACACUCCGCAGCCUGCCCAAAAUCCGCACCCGCGAACAAGCAAUCCACUACCUAGAAAGCGGCACAAAAGACGACCUGGCGGUCUCCACCUCCCGGGACGCCGUGAACUCCAUCAUCGCGGAAAUCGACCAGAAUGACAAGAUCCAGGGGCUGAUCGGGUACUCCGAGGGGGCAGCAAUUGCGGCCUCGGUGAUGGUUGAGGAGCAGCGAAGGUUUAGAGAGGAGGGAAGGGCGGUGAGGAUUAAGUGUGCAGUUUUUAUAGCGGGAUGGCCGGCUAUUGAUGUGCGGUCUGGGGAGUGCAUUGCUCCUACGGAGGAGGGGGAGGGAGAUGAAGAAGAGGAGGGACGAUAUAUUCCUGUGCCGACGUGUCAUGUUAUUGGGGGGGAAGAUGUGUUUUUGGAGGGGGCGAAGGUGUUGUAUGAUAUUUGUGAUGGGGAGACGGCAGAGUUUUUUGAUCAUGGGGGUGGGCAUAUUAUUCCGAGGAAUCAGAGGACGUUGAGGGAGUUGGGAGAUGUUAUUCGGGAGAUGAUUAGGAUUAGUCUUGGGGAGCAAUGA